AUGCCUGUGAAUAACCGAACCUACUUUGCAUCAUGGGUCUUACUAACUUUCGUCGCACUUGCUGUUUAUAAGGCAGAAGAUAGUUAUGGCGCGAAAGUUAUAUCAGUGCUAUUUGCUCUCUCUGGUCUGUACAUUGGUGCCAAGCUUAUACCCAGGGGUAGAGUGAGUCCCGAGGGUAGGGCAGUAUUUAUCACAGGAUGUGACACCGGUUUCGGUAAUCUAUUGGCAAGGAGACUGGAUAGCUAUGGCUUUACUGUACUGGCUGGGUGCUAUUUACCAGACGGGACAGGGGCGCGCAACCUUGUUCAAGAAACAUCAUCGAGAUUGACUAUCGUCCCCUGUGACGUCACGUCUGACGACUCGGUCCAGAGGGCAAAGGAGAUCAUUAAGAAAGAAUUGAAAACACAAGGAAAAGGUCGUGUGGUGAAUGUGGCUAGUAUUUCUGGUCUGUGGUCGAUUCCGUCCAACUCACCAUACUGUAUGACCAAAUACGCGGUGGAGUGCUUUUCAGACACACUACGCUACGAGAUGAGCCCUUGGGGAGUCAAGGUUGCCAUCGUUGAACCGGGCGAAUAUGGUAAACUAACAAACAUAGGAAUGAAUUCCAAAGAGGUAAUCAUUGCCACAGCCAAUGCAUUGUGGGAAGACAUGAGCGUGGACGUGCAACAAGACUACGGCAGGGAAUAUUUCGACGCUCAAGCUGACAUAUACAACCAGAGUCGCGAGGAAUGCUGGGAUGACGUCACGCCAGUUAUAGACGCCAUGUUGGAUGCGGUCACCUCCCGGUCGCCCAAGCAUAGAUAUUUAGUUGGGGAGCUGUGGACUUAUUUUUCAAAAUUUAAAUUUACUCUUUUGCCAUCUUGGAUGACGGAUGGUGUUUUUAAACAGCUACUGGAUGGGUUUCCAAAACCAGCUGCCCGGCGAGAAAAAUAUGAGUAA